CUGUGUAAGAUUUCACAAAAUAACAAAAAAUCUUCUCCUCGUAAUAAGAAAAUAAAAAAGAUAUUCUCCUCCUAAUUAUAAAAUAAAAAAAAAUAUGUAGAGACGGCGAUUGAACCAGAGACUAAACUUGAGAGUUGUAGUGAGAAGAUAUAUGGUGAGUAAAACAGAGUAAGGAGAAACCAGAGACGGUGGUAUAAGUAAUUGAAGAAAGAUAAUGGAAGAUCGAAAAGGAGAAGAAGGAGAUAGUGAUAAACCGGUAAUGAAGUUGAAUUUUUUCCUAAGGAUAAUCAAUGGAGUGCAUGAGGGUCAGAAACUGUACUGUGAUAAUGUUGAUUGUGACACUAUCAAUUGGGAUGAUGAAGGGUAUGUUUGUCUAGAUAUUUUUGUGCUUGGUGGAGAUCUGACAGGAACUAGUGGUGUCGACCAGUCAGCAGUUAGUGGUGUUUCUAAACAAAAGACACCAGUUUCUAAAGCAAAGGCGAUAACUAGGAAGAGUCCAAGAUUACAAGAAGCAGCUAAGAAGAAGAGCUACACUACUGUGUCGGGACCUAAAAGACUAGUGUUUGAAGAUGAAUGUGAGAUUAUUGAUACCCAAGCAAGUGUUUGUGAUAAUCAAGAAGCAAGAAUAAAGAAGGGAAAGAAACAGGUGGAUGUUGAACAUAUUUGGGAUGAUGAUGAAGACUUCUUGCAACAAGCAUGUUCUCAGGCAAUCUUAGUUGAAGAUGCUUAUAUUGAUGAAGACCAGGUUAAUCUACCAAAUAAAAAUAUAGAAGAGUGUCAUCCAGAUGAUGCUCCAAAUUUCAAGUAUGUUGAUAGUGAAGAUGAAGAUGACAGAAAUACUUAUACGAAAUGGUUAAAUGGGUUUGUUGAAAUCGAACCAGUCCAAGAUGAAGAUGAUGAGUCUGAUCAUGAGUAUGUUGUUGAAAUGAAUGGCUUGCAACUGAAAUGAAUGGGCCUGUAAAUGUUGAUGAUGUUACGCCUGGAGAAGGUGAUAGUGUUGUAGAUUUUUAUGCCAAUAGAGGUCCAGUUGAAUUGACUGAAGAUGAACAAGUUUCUUGGAAAUUGCAGUUCGGCCAAUAUGCAAAUGAUCCAGAAGAUUUGACAUUGCCGAAUGAAGAAACUGCUGAACCUACUCCUGGUGAAUUUUGUGUAGGUAUGGCUUUCCUUAAUAAGCAGGCUUUCAAAAAUAAUUUAAGGGAGUAUUGUGUGUUGGAGCAUUCUGUGUUCAAGUUGAGGAAGUCAGAGCCACAUAGAGUAUAUGCGGAUUGUUAUUAUAACGAAAGUCAUGGGUGUAUGUGGAAAGUGACUGCAAGAAAAUUGCUUGAUGAAAAUACUUUCACAAUCAGGGAAACCAACCUAGUGCACACAUGCAAUGGUUGUGAAGAACCAAAUAAAAACAAGAAGUGCAACUCUGAGUUUGUAGCAGAACAUUUGAAGAAGACGAUGAAACCUUGUGAAGAAAUUCCAAAGCCUAGGCAGAUAUGUGAUUACUUAAUAUGGGGUGACCUAAAUGUGGAGAUCCCAUAUUGGCUUCCAUGUCAGCAUGCAGUGUGUGCACUGGUUAGAUUUAGACCAAACUGGGCUAAGUAAGUACCUUUAUUUGUUGAGUUUUUAGUUGAGAUUGUUUUUUGAAAGUACUGCCAAUUGUUGAGUUAUUAUGAAAUGAAUGCAUUUUUGAUCAUUUUUGUUUAAUGUAUGCAAAAACUGUAGUAAAUACUACACUGUGGAGUACUACAAGACCACCUAUUCAAUGUCAAUAACUCCAUUAGGUGACA